AUGAAUGAGGAUCCACAGGCGAAGCGAUCAACUAAGAUCUUUUUAAACUUUGACGGUGGAGCUUCAUCUGAGUGCGUUCUCAUCCGAGUUCCUUUAAGAGGUGCGUUUUAUAGAUUUCACGGUCCAGAUCCAGAAAAACUUGCUGUUGAAAAAGUUGUUGUUGAUAUGAGAAAAAGAUGUGAGCAUCAACUUUCAUACGCUGCUUUUCAAGCAUCUAGUCAAGUUGUUACUGAUCCACAAAUAGCAGCCGCAAUACCCAGUUUUGAAAGUCUUAGGUCUACAUUAUAUCGACAUAAAGGAAAUAAAAAUGAACCACCGACGCCAACAUCGUUGCGUAUUCCAGAUGAAUAUGGAAAAUUGUGUACAGGAGAAAAUUUCUUACAAAUUCAAAGUUCAGGUCAGAGAAAACCUUUCGAUUUCUUAUUCUUAAACGCUUUAAUUUCCUGUUCAGGAUAUGUGGUACUCGCGACAGA